AUCGCGUGGCCGAGUCCGGAGCCCUCUCUCCCUCGCGCGUGUUUCCAUCGCAUAAUCUUGGACGCGCGCGUCCACACUAGUGCAGAGCACCGGGCAAAGACCAUUGCAAAGCGGCAGUAGGAGCGGCACGGCGGCGAUGCAGGCGCGCGCGUUCCCCCCGUGCCUGCCGGGCCCCAGGCGCAACGACCUCUUCCUCGGCAGCGUCGGCAAGAGAGCUCCUACCGUCCGCGUCCGAGCCGUUGACGGGCCUUCGGCCGCCGCAGCCGUUGCCGACCUCCCGGGCGCGGAGGUCACCUGGCAGAUCGUCGUCGGUGCUGUAGCUGGAGUGACGCCCUUCGUCGUUGCAGGGGUCGAGUUCAGCAAAAGAAUUAUUGAACAAAAGAAAUGUGAGAUCUGUGGAGGCUCUGGCCUCGUAAUGAAGGAAAAUCUAUAUGUUCGAUGCCAAGGGUGUGGUGGUUUUCUUCCAUGGCAGUCGUGGAGAAGAUUCUUCAAAGGGUGAAAAUCGUCAAUCACAUGUCACCUCGAUCAUCUCUAGAUAGAAGUAUGGAUGGGAGACUGUAAGGCCAUUGUGGUCAGUACAAUGUGUUUAAUUGCGUUUCAGUAAAGCAAGUUAGACUGGUCGUUCCGAAUUAAAA